UGUAUGUGAGCAUCAGUGAACCAGUCACUAAACGGUGGAACUCUUAAACUCACGACCCACGGGGGGGAAAAAAGAUAGGAAGAAGGAAAACAAGAUUGGUCAGAGAAAUCAAUUCUGCAGCUCCUUUAAACAAAAUCCCAAGUGAAGGUUUAUCUUGCAUGAGCAAUUCAAGAGACUACAUUUUCAAUCAGAACUCAAUCCAACUUCCCCAAUUGGAUCCCAGCUCUCGAAGAUGAGGUUACUACUACUUCUGAGUUUUCUCGAUUCCCUCCAUAGGAACACAUUCUGAGCACUAAGCAAGAUACCCGUGUAGAAGGAAGAAAGUAAAGAAGGAAAAGACUUAGUGCAGCACUUUCCAAACCAUGGGACAUCCCAAAGUGCCUGCACCUAACGAAGUAUUUCUGAAGUACAGCCCCUGUUGGAAUGUUAGAAACAUGGCAGCCAAAUUGUGCACACAGGUGUUCGGCCAAUCAUUAGUUCUAGCCCAAGCCCAGCCACAUCAAAAAUCAACACGCAAUCUCACCAAAGCCAAAGCUCCGAUGCUGACACUGGGACUGCACUGGUAAAUAACAUUGUACCUGGUAAAGGAAAUAGCAGCAUGGAAAACAAUACUGCUGCUACUACGUCCAGUUGGAUUACACCAUCUCCCUCUCCAAGUGCUACUCAAGAGAGUGCUCAAUCAGGAACGAUGAAGCAACCAUCGAUAAUAACUCCCAAGCAAACUAAAAGCGAACCAAGCUCCAUUGUUCUUACAAGUCCUGUUUCCACUGCAUCACAGAAAGAUGGAAAUGGUACAGCAGUAGAACCUACAAAUGCCUCAACUUCAGCUAGCCCAGAAUCAAACAGCAAAUUUGUAAGUUCAACAUCAGUAAGUUCCAGCCAGGAUACGAGCACAUUCAGUAGCAAACCUACGAGUACCCCAAGAAGUAAUACCUCUCCGGAAAUACAAAGUACCUCGACUGAAAGAAUUUCCCCAACUACAGCAAUUGAACAUACAGAAAGGAAAAGUGACACAGCAGUGACAAGUGCAGCAGGCAGUGUACAGACAACAAUGGUUAAUGAAACAUGGGUGAAAAAUUCAACUGAUAGCAUGGAGAAAAAUACAACUAGUGGCACAUUCACGGAUUCAACUGGAAGUACGGAGAAAAGCGCACCACGUGGUACACAGAGAAAUACAACUGAAGUGACCUAUACUACUGAGGCGAUGAAAACUGCAACAGAAGCUCUUCCAAAGGAAAAGACACAGGAACCUAAAGAAAGAAACACCAUAUUGUCAGAGGUAUAUUGUGUGGCUGAAUCCAGUAAUCAACAAUACCACGUGAAGAUAGAUAAAGGCAUGGACUGCGAAACCUUUGUGGAAGGGAAGGGAAAGGAUCUGGCCAAGCAGAUCUGCUCUCAUUUGGCCAAGAAGGGAGAUCUCAAAAUGUUCGAUAAAUGCGUGGUCCAUGUCACCCCUCAGAAAGAACAUCAGAGCGACCUGAUCAUCAACGUCGUUUUCAAAGUUAAUGAUGAUCAAAUGAAUGAGGUUCAGAAGAUACUGCAAGAAUUUGAAAUGAAUAAGGUGCGCGGACUGUUGGCUAAGCCUGGAUUUCCAGCUGGGGUUGUGGUCCCUGUUGACGGUUUAUGCCCUCUGCUUUCCCUUGGCAUUCAGGAGCAUGAAGGCAGCAAAGAGCAGCAGACUGCAACGGAGCUCAAGAAGCUCAUCGCCAUGGUGGUCACGGGCUCGCUGCUGCUGCUUGUGUUCCUGUCUGCAAUUGUCUACCGGUGCUCCCAACGCAAAUACAAGCACAAGGAUCCGUACCUGACGGAAGAGUUACGGACAGUGGACAACGGCUGCCACGACAACCCAGCCAUGGAUAUCACCGAGAGGGAUUCGGAGAUGGAGGAGAAGAACAACUCGAAGGCAACGUUCCUGGAAAACACAGAUGGUUGGAUAGUGCCCAUGGACACCCACAUCAAGGAUGAGCUAGAGGAAGAAGACACCCAUUUAUAAAGGCAUCGGAAACAUAAUGCUAUUGUUAUCUUCAGCUCACUGCACAUCUGUAUGAUUGCUUCAAAUAUGUAUCCAUAUAUACUGCCAGCAAGGACUGAAAUCAAACUGUAAACUUCACAAUCCACCUCCUUAAACCCAUAUUCUUUCCAGAUUUUAUUUGGAAAUGUUACAGGAUUUAUAGAAGCCUACAUGACUGAUUACAUGAGAAAUAGGUCUAUGCUCCUGUUCCUGCAUUAAGAUUCUGGCCGAUCCUCUGCUUUCCUGUCCUCUCUCCAAACCGUACAAAACAAAAACACACUCAAUCGUGAACAUCUUCAGCAACUGAACAAUCAUUAGGCUUGGUGGCUGAGGAUUCCAAAGGCUCACAAACCCAAGUGAAGAGAUCAGAGUCCUAAAUGGCCAAGCCCCUUAUGCUAAGACCAUAGCCCAUAGUUCGGGAAUCUCCAGCCCAAGGAAACAAUGUCAUGUUACAGCUGUACAGGACAUUGGUAAGACCACACUUGGAGUAUCGUGUGGAGUUCUGGUUGCCUAGCUAUAGAAAGGACAGCAUUAAGCUGGAAAGGGUGCAGAAAAGAUCCACUAGGAUGUUAUCUGGAUUAGGGGACUUGAGUUAACAAGGAGAAACUGGGGAGGUCAGCAUCAUUUUCCCUGGAGCAAAGGAGGUUGAUGGAUGACCUUAGAGGUUUAUGAAGGGCAUAGAUAGGAUGAAUGGUCACAGUCUUUAUUCCAGGGAAAGGGAGUCUAAAACUAGAGGCCACAGGUUAAAGGUGAGAGGCAAAUGAUGCAAGGGGCAACUUUUUCCACAUCGAGGGCAGUGGGUAUAUGAAAGAUGCCACCAGAGGAAGGGGUAGAGGAGAAUAUAAUUGUGUUUAAAUGACAUUUGGACAAACACAUGAUAAGAAAGGUUUAGGGAGAUAUGAGCCAACACAGGUAAAAAUAAGGACUAGUGCAGGUGGGCAACUUGGUUUGGCAUGGAUGAGUUGGGGGGGCCAAGGGUCUGCUGCUUGUCAAAGCCACUCCUCAGAGUGUGUAGCCCCAUUCUACUUCAUGUCCAUGGAUGUCUUUCCUGAAAACGAAGUUGCCCUUAACACAAAAAAAAAUCAAAUAAAACUCCUGGAAAAUAAGAUGGGGAGUUGCAGUCAGCAGGUCAGAUGUUGAAACAGAGGAAGAGGCACCACCACAGUUACCAUCGCCACAGAGGAGCUCAGAAUCCUCGUCCUAUUUCUGUGCAAUUCAUAGAAAAUAGAAAAACUACAGCACAAUUCAGGCCCUUUGGCCCACAAAGCCGUGCCGAACAUGUCCCUACCCUAGAAAAUUACCAGUCUUUACACCAUAGCCCUCUAUUUUACUCAGCUCCAUGUACCUAACAGUCUCUUGAAAGACCCUAUCGUAUCAGCCUCCACCACCGUUUCCGGCAGCCCAUUCCAUGCACUCACCACUCUCUGAGUAAAAAAAAACUUACCCCUGACAUCUCCUCUAUAUCUACUCCCCAGCACCUUAAACCUAUGUCCUCUGUGGCCACCAUUCAGCCUUGGGGAAAAGCCUCUAUCUACCCUAUCAAUACCUCUCAAUCAUCUUAUACACAUCUAUCAGGUCCCCCCUCAUCCUCCGUCUCUCCAAGGAGAAAGGCCGAGUUCCCUCAACCUGCUUUCAUAAGGCAUGCUCUGCAUUCCAGACAGCAUCCUUGUAAAUCUUCUCUGCAGCCCUCUCUAUGGCUUCCACAUCUUUCCUGUAGUGAGGCGACCAAAACUGAGCACAAUACUCCAAGUGGGGUUCUGACCAGGGACCUAUAUAGCUGCAACAAUACCUCACGGCUCCUAAAUUCAAUUCCCCGAUUGACAAAGGACAAUACACCAUAUGCCUUCUUAACCACAGAGUCAAGCCUGCGCAACCACUUUGAGCGCCUAUGGACUCGGACCCCAAUAUCCUCUGAUCCUCUACACUGCCAAGAGUCCUACCUUAAUACUAUAUUCCACCAACAUAUUUGGACCUACCAAAAUGAACCACUUCACACUUACCUGGGUUGAACUGCAUCUGCCACUUCUCAGCCCAACUCUGCAUCCUACUCAUGUCCCUCUGUAACCUCUGACAGCCCUCCAAACUAUCCACAACACCCCCAACCUUCGUGUCAUCCCGCAAACUUACUAACUCACCCCUCCACUUCCUCAGCCAGGUCAUUUAUAAAAUCACAACGAGUAAGGUUCCCAGUACAGAUCCCUGAGGUACACCACUGGUCACCGACCUCCACUCAGAAUACGACCCUUCAACAACCACUCUUUGCCUUCUGUGGGCCAGCCAGUUCUGGAUCCACACUGCCAAUGCCCCCUUGGAUCCAUGUCUCCUCACCUUCAUUGGCUAUCAUGGUCAAUCACUAAUGAGAGUGCAAAUUAGAGCCCACAGUGUAAUCAUUUAUUUUACUUUUGCAUUGUAAAAAACAAAACCAGAUCAUUGUCUGCUCAUUUGCAACCAUUUAACUAUAAAACACAUCUGUACAGGUGAAGAGGUGGAUGUAGUUUCAUUAACAGAGAGAAUAUUGCUUUAAAAUAUAAAUGUGUAUUUUCAGUGAUUGUUGUAUUUCGGGCAAACUACUUGAACAUCAAUUAGAUGGAAAAUGUAUGGCAGCAUUGUGGCCAUCUACAGUAAGUGAUGCCUUGAGAGAUUAUUUUACUGAGGAGGUUCUUUGCAAACACAAAUAAACACCAGUCACUUUUCAAAGCAACACUUCAAACACCUUGGCAGCCAUUGGAUUGGGCUUCUUUCUUCCAGCACCACUGGUAGUAUUACUGAGCAGAUACAAGUUGGUAAUGACAAUAGUGUCCCUAAUUGUGAGAAUCUGAAUUAUGGACAAUAUUGGACAAUUAACAUUUAAAUACAUUGUAAAGCAACCAGCAGUUCAGAUUGUGCGAGAACCAAUCAUCAUGGCACUGUCAAAUUGUGGAAUGAGUCUACAUGUGGAUUCAAAUUUAACUUGCUCCCACCUGCCCCAAAUCAGGGUUUCCAACUCCAUGACUACAUCCCCUUAUGAGGUGGGAUAGCCACCAAAAGUUAAAGCAACUCCUUUAUACAAAAAAAAUUAUUUUAUAUAAAAAAAUUUAAAUAAUUAUCGCAUUGCAGCUAGAACAUGAUAAGCACGAAAGCAGGGAUUUAUGUGAUGCUGCUGCAAAGUAAUUUUUGCAUUGCACCUGUGCCCAUGACGAUGAACUGUACUUUGAAUUCGAUGUGGGCAGGCCAGGAGGAUAUUGGCUGCAAGGAAAAGAUGGGUAAAACAGGGGUUGUAAGCACCAGAUUAGAGGAUAUGGAGGGGAAAUUUAAAUCAAAAUGUAUACCGAGGGGUUCAGAUAGUGGCCGAGGGUCAGAAUCUAGUGGACAUAGAUGAAAGUUAUCGAGUAGAAGGAUUAAGAGGUGGAUGAGAAACUCUUUUCACCACACUC